GCUUUCUCUUGGUUUUACGCUUUCCCAUCGCUUAUGAUCUUAUAAAACGAUCCAAAUGGCGGAAACACAAAGAGAAAGAUGCUAUUGUGACGAAGUUCAAGAUCGGCAUACGUCCAAAAGAUAAAAUGGAUAAGCCUCAGUUGAUUCUGGCUUUAUAUUCUGCAUUUCCUUCUUUUCUGCGAGUAACUUCCGAAUUUCACGCUGCUGUGGAAUCGAUCCGUUCAAGGUCUUCAAAUGGUCACGGUGGCUUUCAGGCAAGGCACAAUUUGGAACAUCGUCGACCUUUGCUGGGCGGUAAUAAUACCGGAGGCAAACCUAUUAAUGGUUCGAAUGGGUUAAAUAAAGGUGAAUUCUCAAGAAUGGCUGGAGCAAUUGGGAAAGAUAUUAAUAUAACGGCAGCAAAGUUACAGAAAUUGACGAAAUGUAUGAAAACUUUAUUUGAUGAUCGACCCGUUGAGAUUAGCGAAUUGACCUAUAUAAUCAAACAAGACAUUGCAAAAAUAAAUAAGCAAAUAGCCCUUCUUCAACAAUAUGUUCGUGAUCAUAAAAAGAAUAACAGACAAGCUGAUGAACAUUCUUCAAAUGUGGUUGUCAUGUUGCAAUCAAAAUUAGCUAGUACUAGUAUGGGCUUUAAAGAUGUGCUUGAAAUUCGGACUCAGAAUAUGAAAGAAAGUAAAGAUAGAAGGGAACAAUUUAUGUUUUCAAGUAGUCAACAUGCUAAUAUUCCAGCAGCAAAUUCGCCGCUAUACAACACGCAGAGACGCAAUGAGCAUCAAAAUACUGAUUUUCUUGCUCUUGAUAUGUCGUCAGGUCAGGUUCAGCAACAACAAUUGCAGUUCAUUGAACAACAGGAUAAUUAUAUUGAAAGUCGUGCAACUGCUAUCGAAUCAAUUGAAUCUACUAUAGCUGAGCUCGGUAACAUUUUCCAACAACUUGCACAAAUGGUAGCAGAACAGCGAGAGACUGUUCAAAGAAUCGAUGCAAACACCGAUGACAUUCAAACACAUGUAGAAGGAGCACAAAAAGAGUUGCUUAAAUAUUAUGCAAGCAUCUCUUCAAACCGCUGGCUUAUGGUUAAGAUAUUCGCGAUGACACAAGAUAAAGUAAUCUUAGUUACCGGUGGCUAUGGGCUCGUUGGAAAAGCCAUUGAAUGGGUAAUUGAAAAUGAUCAAGGAAAGUUCGGUAAGAUGGAAGGCGAAAAGUGGGUUUUCCUCACCAGCAAAGAUGGUGAUUUGAGGUCUGCUGAAGCUACUCGCGCAAUUUUUGACAAAUAUAAGCCGACUCACGUGAUACAUUUAGCCGCUCUUGUCGGUGGACUCUUUAAAAACAUGAAAUAUAAAUUAGAUUUUUUACGUGAUAAUUUAUUGAUCAACGACAACAUAUUGCAUACUGCGCAUGAACAUAAGGUUAAAAAAGUUGUAUCGUGUCUAUCUACUUGUAUCUUCCCAGACAAAACAACCUAUCCAAUCGAUGAAACCAUGAUACACAAUGGACCUCCACACGAUUCCAAUUUUGGCUAUGCAUACGCCAAACGCUUGAUUGAUACACAAAACAAAGCAUAUUAUGAUCAAUUUGGUGAUAAAUUCACCUCGGUUAUUCCAACUAAUGUGUUUGGUCCUCAUGAUAAUUACGAUUUGCAAGAUUCGCAUGUCAUUCCCGGAUUAAUCCAUAAAUGUUAUCUCGCUAAGAAGAAUAAAACUCCAUUUGUAGUUGCUGGUACUGGUAAACCUCUUCGUCAAUUCAUUUACUCGCGAGACCUUGCAAAAUUGUUUAUUUGGGUACUCAGGGAAUAUGAUGAAGUUGAUCCUAUUAUCUUAUCAGUCGGUGAGGAGGAUGAAGUAUCUAUUAAGGAUGUGGCAGAUGCAAUUGUAAAUGCUAUGGAUUUUAAAGAAAGUUACUCUUUUGAUACCACUAAAGCUGAUGGCCAAUACAAAAAGACUGCCAGCAAUGAAAAAUUAUUAAAAUAUCUUCCUGAUUUUAAGUUUACCCCAUUUGAAACUGCUGUUAAAGAAUCUGUUGAAUGGUUUAUUCAGAAUUAUGAUAAUGCGCGUACUGGAAAGCAUUAA